CAAUAGUGGAGGAAGUCCGUGACGUACUUAGUAGGUAGAAUCAUUCCAACAAGAUCCAAAAGCAAUUGACCGAUCAAUAGCGUCACAGAAGAUUAUUCCAUCUCGUAUCUACUGCGCUCCAUUUAUGACUUCGUUGAACGCACCUGGAAUUUCAACCUCAGUUGUGAACGUAUCCAGGAUUCAUGAACUUAUCAACGGUGAUUCAAGUUCUGGCCGCCUGGUCAGGAAAAGCUGACGAACUAUAUGUCGCUGCAGGCCGCAACAAUGAAGAUGAAAUCGACUUACUCGCGCUCCUGGAUACUCCGACCGAUGCUCAUUCUUGGCUCGAUGUCCACUCAUGGCCCACCGUCAGAGUCACCCCGGUCGAGGAUGAAGCAGAGGCGGAUGCCCUGCUGCGAACCUUCACUUCUUAUCUCAGACUUCAUCUGGCGAGGGUUCAGCUUGGCAAGGUUUGGGUAUAUAACUUACUAAAAUAUCUGUGCUUCGAUAGUUUUCGCAACAUUCUUCGCAGCAUGGUCCAAUGCACUGUACCUGCUCGUCCAGGAGAUAGAACCACUGUUGACGCCUUAGUAUCAUUCUGUGCUGUGCUUUCUCAAGGUGCUGCCAUGGGGGCGAAAGAAGGUGCGGAAACGACUAAGGGAAUGAAAGCACGAUUAGGGCGGGCAUCAUAUGUGGGGGAUGGGGAAGGAGGGGUCGGCGUUCUUCCUGACCCUGGCGCCUAGGGUGUCGCCAGCAUCGUGGACGGAAAGGGUAUAGCUGUAUGAGGAUCACUGGAAGUAUUGUUGUUGCAUACUCAGAAUCCCCUCAAACCCAUCGAAGGAAGAAAGUGGUUCCUUCUAGUACUACAAACGGGUCGGCCCGGC